CAUCAACAAAACACCCCUGUAUGUUAUGAUGUAUUGUGUUAUAAACGAGAAGGCACGCAUCCUUACACACAAACACACGACAUGCACACAAAUGCCGCCUCCCCGUCCUUCCUACCCACUACACACAUCAGUCAUCUCUCUUGCCGCCGCCAAACAGUCCGCCCCUCGGAGGCCCAACCGCCUUGGCCACAGCCCGGGGCCGACCGCCGCGGCCCUCCCGCUCGCUCUCGGUGUCUUCGUCAGGCACCACCAUCUCAGUGGGUGGCAUGGGCAGCUCCUUGGCUUGAGAGCUGUUCACCUGGAGGGCUGAGGCGUCGGUCUCAGGCUGCUCGGCCUGGAGGCGGUCGACGAAGGCCUCGAUCUCCGAAGCCGACGACAUGGCGUUGGGACGAGCAGAUGAGGAUGAAGCGUCUUGGGUGGAAGUGGAAGAGGGCAGGGUGGUGUCGUCAUUGCCAGACGAGGGGGCGGCGAGAGCAGUCACAUCACCGUCAGCAGUAUCACGCACACUCACAGCCGGACGGGCGGGGGGGGCCUCCUCUUCCGAGAGCCCGCUGCUCGACCGGUCCGGACGAUCACUCUGAACGAUCAAUCACACAUAACAAAAGACACACGAAGAGAGAGACCACACAGGCAAUGAGACACGAUGUGACAGCGUGGAUAUGCACGUGCAGUGUGUGUGUGGCUCCCCCCUCCCCCUCCGUCCGCUGCGUCUCAUCUGCCUGACUAACACUGAACAGAGCAGAGCUACUAAAGUGUCGCGUGAGCGAGGCCACGAGAGAGGGACGGAGGGGAGGGGCGGCGGAUGGGAGGGAGGGAGAGGAAGGGGUGUGGUGCCGUGCUCGUAGUACUAACAUACUUUGGAUCGGGACGGCGGGCCGCUGAACAGCUUGUGCUCUCUCUUCUGACGGCUCUCGCGCUUGCUGCUGCUGCUGCUGCUGCUGUCACUGUCGCUGAGCUGCUCGACGUCGGCAUCGUCAGCAUCAGCAGCCGCCGCCAGAUCGUCCGCCCCCUCCUCGCCUCCGUCCCUCUCUCGUGAGGCCCUCUUCUCCUCCCUCAUGCUGUCUCGCUCCUCCCGCCUCUCCUCCUUGACCCGCUCCCUGUCCUCGUGGAUCUCGCUCAGCGACGGCUUCUCGCCGACGCCCAAGCUGCCCAACUCGGGCCUCUCUGGCCUGGCUGGUCUCUCUUUGACCUUCCUGUCUUUCUUCUCUCUGUCUGCCCGGGCGGGAGGGGGCGGGGGCAGCUUGGGCAAAAGGCCUCUCUUGUCAGUGUCGUGCUCACGUUGCAGCCGGCGGACGUCCUCGACAGCACCCUCCUCCAUGAAGUACUCCUCACCAGUCGACUCCUCAGCCACGGGGUAGUACUCCUCCUCAUCGAUGCUCUGCGCCUCAGCCGGUGGAUCAGCCUCCUCAGCAGUCUCAGCUUCGGGGAGUGUGCUGGCGACCUCCUCGCUGUCGGUAGGCUCCACCUCUGCCUCUGUGGCAGCAGGCGCCUCAGCGACCUCCUCCUCGACGGGCAUGGGCGCGGCCUCUGCGGACUCGCUGUCAGCGGCUGCAGGGGCCGCCUCCACUGGCUCUUCAACAGGCGCAGACGCGGUUUCCCUGUCGCCCUCUGCCGGAGCGUACGCGGUCUCUGAUGUGGGCGGGAGGUCCGUCUUCUUGGGCUCGGGCACGUGCUCUGUCUUCUUGGGCUCGGGCUCAGGCACCUUCUUGGGCUCAGGCUCGUAGUCCUUCUUGGGCUCGGGCUCAAGGAACUCGUGGUCGUAGCCCUUCUUGUCGUCAACCGGGUAGGUCUCCUUGCUCUUCUUGGAGCGGGCUUUCUGCACACACAAAGACACACAGACAGAAAGGAGAGAACGAGGGUGGGAGGACGGCUGUGUCUGUGUGUGUGUGUGUGCGCGUGUGUGUGUGCGCGUGUGUGUGGGUGUGGAGGUAUGUAAGUAGGCUGGCUGUUAGAAAAUACCAACGGCUACUAAGGGCUGGCUGACUGAGCAAAAGUUGCGUGAGUGAGUGACUGAGUGAGCUAGCUAAGUAAAACUAAAUGGGUAGUACGGUAGGGUAUGUAAGUAAGUCUGACUGACCUUGUAGGUCCUUAUAGGCUUGAUCUGGUAUGUCGUGUGCGUCUCGCCCUCACUUCCUGGCUCGAUCAUGUACCCCUCUUUGCUAUGCUUAGCAGUCUCUUCCUCGACAUGCUUGUACUUCUUGCUAACCUCGCGUUCCUGCCGCUCAUGGGCGCGGCGCUGGCGCCUCUCCUCGCGAGCGUGCUCCCGGGCGUGGUCCCGCUCCUCCUGCUUUGACUUCUUCUUGUCGUAGCCCUUGGACGGGUAAAUCUCGUGCUCGGUCUUCUUGUCAAAGGUCGGCUCGUACUCGACGGGCUCAACGUAGUCCUUCUUGGGCUCAGGCUCGUAGUCCUUCUUGGGCUCAGGCUCAGGCUCCUUGGGAGGCGGCAUCGGCUUCUUGGGGGUGGUGGGCGGCUUCUUGGUAUCAGUGGGCGGGGGCUUAGUGGUGGUGGUGGUGGUGGGGCCCGCGUCCUCAUCCUGCAGAGGGGCCGCCACAGCCUCAGGCUCGGCCUCCUCGACCUCCUCGGCCUCCGGGGUCUCUUCGGUCUCCUGCAGGCCGCGCUUGUUGAUGUUGUUCAUGUUGGCCAGGGCUGCGAGGGCGCCACCGAGGGCAUCAGCCACGUCACGCUGAACAAGAAACACACACACACAGACAAGGGCAGAGGCAAUGUAAGAGGCGACGUGAGGGCCAGAAAUGCAGCCACACCAUAUGGUGUCCCCGUUCCAUCUGUCUGCCCCUUCCCUUCCUGUCUGCCUGUCUACCAUCGCCCCUUCCUCCAUCUCCUGUGAGCUAUCCUCCCUCGAAGAGGCAAUUACCUCAGCCUGACACACCACCAAGCCACACACAGGAGAAUGAGCCAAUUGACACAUCAAGUGAGUGCAGUGCGCGUGCGAGUGCCCGCCCGCCCACUAACCACUUUGACGUCGGCAUUCACGACACCUGCACCAGACAGACAGACAAGACAGACAGAACCAACAAGCAACAAGCAACACGCGACAGCGGAUGGACGAAUGACGCAGCCGACUGAGAGAGAUGCGAUUGACGUACCGAGGGCGAGAGCCGUCAGGCAGAGGACCGACAGCCAGGCACGCAUCGUGAAUGACAGAGGAUGAGGUGGCGGCGGUGCUGCUGACCACACUCGCUG